AUGAUUCCAAAACACCUCAGGAAAAAGAUGUCGUCGAGUCGCAAGCAUCAUCUGAAGAGCUUGAUGCUUUCCAUCGCUAAAGGUAUACUGGAACAGGAAGUAAAGGACAGAGAGGUGGAGAGGGAGAGAUACAUGGCAGAGACCUGCCAGCCUCUGUCUCUACCUUCAGGCAUACAGGCAUUACAGGAACUCUGCAGGGAGCUUCACCACAAAAUUGAUGUCAUUGAUGAGGAGAGAUACGACCUGCAAAUGAAAGUCAACAAGAGUGCAAAGGAGAUCGAGGACCUGAAUAUCAAAGUUAUUGACCUGAAGGGCAAGUUCAAGAAGCCAACUUUGAGGAAGGUGCGCAUGUCUGCUGAUGCUAUGCUUCAAGCUCUGCUGGGCUCCAAACACAAGGUGUCUCUGGAUCUGAGAGCCAACCUCAAACAAGUCAAGAAGGAGGUCAAAGAGGAGGAUAAGGAACUGCGUGAUGUUGGUGACUGGCGUAAGAAUGUUGAAGACAAGGCUGGCAUGGAUGGCAGGAAGAAGAUGUUUGAAACCGAGGCUUAAUUUUGUAGUUUUUUUUGAAGUUCAAUAUGCUGCUGAAUCAGAAUUGGC